AUGGCUUUUGCUAAGAGUAUUUCAGUGAUUUUGAUGCUGCUCAUGGCAUCAUGCGGCGUCUGUUUUGGUGUCGUUUAUAGAGUUGGUGACUCUAAUGGGUGGACAAACAAAGCCAACUUCAAUUUCGAGAAUUGGGCUUCCUCUAAGAACUUCCAUGUUGGCGACGUUAUUCUGUUCGAAUAUGAGUCCGGAAAGGAUAAUGUGUCGAGAGUGAACCACGAGGACUUCAGAACAUGCAACGUCAAAAAUCCAAUCCGCGUGAGGGCGACCGGACAUGACUCUAUAACCAUCAGAAACCCUCACUCCCACUUGUUCUUCAUCUCCGGCGUCCCCGGCCACUGCGAGGCAGGGCAGAAGGUUGACAUUAGAGUUGCCCCAUCCGAUUCUCAAUCAAAUGUUUCAGCGCCGUCUCCGGAUUCCGCUCCGACCGCCAACUCGCUUGCCCCGGCCCCAUCCCCAAGUGCUGCUGCUCCAUCUCUCCUGUCUAGUAUUCAGCUCUACAUGGCUACCGCCGUUCUUGCAUUUUUUGCUUUCUAG